UCUGUGUAUGAAGGUGCUGAUGAAUUAAGACUAUCAAAUGGAACCGGCCCCUGCUCUGGGAGAGUGGAAGUAAAACAUGAGGAGCAGUGGGGAACUGUGUGCGAUGGUGACUGGACCAUAGAAGAUGCUGAGGUUGUUUGUAAGCAACUACGAUGCGGAUCUGCUGUUCAGGCCCUUAAUCGAGCUCCUUUUGGAGAAGGAUCAGGACCAACGUGGUUGUAUCGAGUUGAUUGCCGUGGUGAUGAAUCCACUCUCUGGAAUUGUUCACAUGCAGGAUGGGGUGCUUUCACCUGCCCUCAUUACUUUGAUACUGGAGUGAUCUGCUCAGGCUAUGGUGGGUACAGGCUGGCAAAUGGCAGUACUACAUGUUCAGGGAGAGUAGAGCUUCUUCAUGGAGGCACAUGGGGAACCCUGUGUGACUACCUGUGGGAUUUACCAGCUGCCAAUGCCCUCUGCCAGCAGCUGGACUGUGGAGUUGCCCUACUGAUACCAGGUGGACAGUCCUUCGGGAAAGGAAAAGGAUCUGUCUGGAAUGGCACAUUCAGCUGCAAGAAGAAUGUCUCGCGCCUGAGAGACUGUCGUGUGAGUGUGCUAGGUCAUGAUGAAUGCCCUGCUGGAAAAGACGCUCAUGUGGUGUGUUCAGGGUGCCCAGGGGGCAGGUUGGUAAACGGCACCACAUGCUCUGGCAGAGUGGAGAUCCGCCAUGGAGACAUGUGGGGAAGACUCUGCCGCUCCCACUGGAAUUUGCAAGCUGCCAACGUUCUCUGUCAUCAGCUGAACUGUGGCUAUGCAAAGUCAAUCCACACAGGAGACCAUUUUGUGGAUGGGAAUGGGCCUGUAUGGAGAGAUGCUUUUCACUGUGAAGGGACAGAGUCCUGCCUCUGGGAUUGCGCUCAAGUGACUUUGGGCAAUCCAACCUGUUCAGCCAGAGAAGCAGCCACUGUUAUUUGCUCAGGUCUUGCUGAAUCACUCAGACUCUCAGGUGGUGAGAGCCGCUGUGAUGGGCGAGUUGAGAUCUCACUCCAUGGCAUGUGGAGCAGAGUCCUGGAUGAUGACUGGGACAUUAAGGAUGCUCAUGUGGUAUGCAGACAACUCCAGUGUGGAAUUGCCGAGAAAGCCUAUUACCUUCCAAGAUCUGAGCGAGGCAUGGGUCUUGUUGGCUUAAGAAGUGUCCAGUGUGCUGGAAAUGAGACUCAGCUGAUGUUCUGUAAGACCUCGCAUUCUCAGACAGUGCCAACAGGAAUUGCUGAAGACAUUGGUGUGAUUUGCUCAGGUAGCAAACAGAUCAGGCUGGUGAAUGGAACAAACCGCUGUGCUGGGAGAGUAGAGCUUUAUCAUGAUGGCAUUUGGGGCACCAUCUGUGAUGACAGCUGGGAUCUAUCUGAUGCUAACGUUGUUUGCAAACAGCUGGGAUGUGGACAUGCCAUCAAGGCAUUUGUCUCUGCUUAUUACGGUGAAGGCUCAGGACAGAUCUGGCUGGAUGAUGUGAACUGCACUGGGGCUGAAUCUGAUCUCUGGGCAUGUCCCUCUAGGCCAUGGGCCCAGCACAACUGCCAACACAAAGAGGAUGCUGGAGUCCUGUGCUCAGAGUUCCUGGCUCUGAGGCUGGUGAAUGGCAGUGACUGUGCUGGGCGUCUAGAAGUUUUCUACAAUGGGACAUGGGGGAGCAUUUGCUCCAAUCGUAUGUCUCAAGUCACUGCAAUAACUGUAUGCAAACACCUUAACUGCGGAGAUGGUGGGGAAAUCGCAAGAGACUUCAAAUAUGGCAGAGGUUCUGGGCCCACAUGGCUCGACCACAUUGAGUGUACUGAGCAACAUAGCUCUCUCUGGCAAUGUCAGUCAGACCCCUGGGAUCUUCAGUCAUGUGAUAACCGAGCAGAAGAGACGCAUAUUUCUUGCACUGACAGGGAGAAGUUACGAGUCGUAGGAGGAGAGGACGGAUGUUCAGGCAGAGUGGAGAUUUGGCACCAAGGUUCUUGGGGAACAGUCUGUGAUGAUUCCUGGGAUGUGGCAGAUGCUAAUGUUGUAUGCAGGCAGCUGGGUUGUGGAUCUGCUGUGUCUGUUCCAAGUGAAGCUGCCUUUGGGGAAGGGACUGGUCCCAUCUGGUUGGAGAAGGUGGACUGUAAAGGAACAGAGCUAUCUCUUUGGGACUGUCCUGCCAAGCCCUUGUUCGACAAAAACUGUAAUCAUAAGGAAGACGCUGCGGUGAAUUGCUCUGGUUAG